AUGUUUGCAGAUGCCGGUGUUGACGGCUUUGCCGCAGUAAUAAGAAAGAGAGCCGCAUCCCUGAUGCGGCGGGUGCGGUGCAGCGCCAACAGCUACCUGCAACUCAUUGUUGAUAGAGUGGGCUUGGACUGUCCCGUAUUAGCCAAGAGGAUACGUCUACAUAUGUUAUGGGCUGGGUGUCACGGUAGCGGUUGGCGCGAGGCGAUGAUCGACCACAUGGGCCGGCCGCCCUCUCACUAUGCGGCAGCAGUCGACCGAUGUAAGUCUACGGUCGACAAGGCCGUGUGUACGGAGGAGUCGGGUGCAGCGCGGCUGGAGGCGGUGCUGGUAGCGCUGGUGGAGCGCAAGGCGCGCGCACUGCACGCCGAGCACGCCCGCCGCCGCGCGCACACGCAUCCCUUACUGCUGCUACUGCGGGACCAUUUGCCAGACGAAGAGGCAUGUAUGGUGGAGAGCCCCGGGCAGGCGCUACCGUCGCACUGGUGUGAACAUGAAAUUGCGAGGCACAAGCGCAAGAAGCUUAAAUUGCAAAUGCACCACAAAAACGCAAACAGUCCCGGCCGGUUGCAGACGGAGCGACGUCGUCGGCGCCGCAGGCGCAGUCCGCACGCACACACGCACUCACACAAGCCUAAGAAGCAUCGCACGCUGCUCGUAUCCGCUAUUGAUGAACAGGCGAAAGUUAUACACGUACUGGACCCAGACGAGCUGCCGCGGAGGGCGCGAUACACAAUCAUGGUGACGGCCUGUCUAUUGCUCUUUCUCUGUCUGCUGCUAGUCGGAGUUACGCUGAGAAUGGCACCUCUCAUAGACGACAUGGUUCGGCAGGAGAACGAGCGCAUGAUGCACGACGCGCUCCAAGUGGGAAUCGUAAAUCGCACCCAGUCGUCGGAGGCAUUUCGCUGACGCCGCGCUAUUCCCCGCGCCCACGGCUCGAUAACAUCCGACCGGCCGCCGCCCCGCCCGAAGAGCCGCCCGAUUUGG